CAGCUCAUCUGGGCCUCCGACUCCUACGCUGACGACGUUCCCUUCCAAGUAAAUCUACCCUUAGAACGUGACGUCCCUGAGCCAAAAUGCCUGCUUAGGGUACCGUAUUCGCACGAUUGCAAUGAUUUCAAGUUCCAUGUUAUUGGCGGUGGGUUUGCGGAUCCGGAUAGAUUUUCUGCGCAUAUGAAGAAUGCGUCUGAUGUACCGAAUGAGGAGAGGGAAAUGGGGAUUCCAAAGAUGAUGACGGUGCGAUUGCAUUGUAGGAUUUUACGGCGGCCGGGGCGUUUUGGCGCAUUGAAGAAGUUUGUGGAGUAUUUUGGGCAGAAGGAUGGGGUGUAG